UUUGCAGAUAUCUUCAAUAAUGUAAUAAUGGGGAGCAAGCAACAAAUAGGAGUUUUAAAACGGGAUGGAAUUGGAAAACAGUAUUUUGACAUGGAGAAUAUUUUGACAAGAUCCCUCUACAGAGUGCUCAAUAGUUCUACACAAGUUCCACCACAUAUUGUAACUAAAAGUCAAAAUGUGGACAAAAUGAGUUUUCCUGAUCGAAAAUCGACAAUCGCCGUAGCUCGACCAAAUAAUCAUCAAAUUGGAAACGCGAGUUCAGUCGAUAUGGAUAUGCAAAUGAGACUUCUUGCACAGGAAAUAUGUGGUCGGGUAGAGCGAAAAUAUGAAAGAAAACUAGAAGAUGUUAGGGAAAGAGAUCGGCGAGACACAGAGAGAAGAUUAAUUUCAAUACGAUCAGAGUAUGAAUCAAAAUAUCAACUUCAACUUGGAAAAUUAGAAAAAGAGAAAAAUCGAUUGCUGGAUCAGAUUGCGGAAAGAGAACGGACCUUGGAGCAUCGAAUGGAAAUGAGAUCUGCUGAACGUGAACACGAUCUUGUGGCAAAACAGAGAACCGUUGAGAAUCGCGCAAUCGAGCUGACUUUAAACAAAGAAAAUUUCGAGAAGUGUCGUGACGAGUGGCAGCGGAAAAUGGAGUUGGAAAUGGAAGAGCUACGUUUGGAAAGAGAGCGGAUCGAAGUAGCAUCAUUAAAAAGUACGGACAAGCGAAGAUCCGAUAUGGCAAUUGAGGCUGAGAUUAGCAUGUGGAAGAAGAGGACUGCUGAACUAGAACACGAUGCAAAUGAGACUAGGAAAAGAGUUGGAGAAAUGAUGGAAGAUAAUUUCCGAUUGAAAAACCAAAUAAGUUCCGUUGGACAGAUCCAAAAAGAACUAGAUGUUACUAUGACAUCUUUGAAUGAAACUAGAGAAGAGCUCGCUGUGAGUAGAGUGGAAGUUCGAAGAACUGGGGAUUAUGAUCAAUUAAAAGAAGAAAAUGAUCAACUGAGAAUUGAGAUUGAACUACUUCGCCAGAAAACCUCACAAAAGGUUAAAAUUGCAGUUGAAGAAACAAUAGCAGAAUAUUCAGCAAAGGAAGCUAAAUGGAAAAGGAUUGCCGGAUUAAGCCAGCAACGAAUUGCAGUUCUCUCGGAGAAAUUAAAGGAUUCAGAAAUUGAGCGAGAUGUUCUUCGACAAGAAAUGAAGACUAUGCAGAAAAUGGUUGGACGAAGUUCAGCUGGACGACAAGGGCAUAAUCAGAAGAACACUGAAUCUAGAAAAAUUAUUAGAUCUAUUUCUCCAUCUGGAUCAACAUCAUCCUUGUCUGAUGGUGAAUUAGAGAUUUUGAAUAUACGACAAAGAAUUCAAAAUUUGGAUGACAUUGCAAAGGAGCUGGAUGCUUCUGUUGAACACUUUUCGACUGGCGGAGCAUCACGUAAACUUUUCGACAAGAACGAGACAAAUGUUGAAUUAUAUGACGAUUUCUGCCGAGCUCUCCACAGUUCUGUUAUGGAUGAGGAAGGGUCUCCACUUCAUAUGACAUCUUCUCCACAAAAACCAACUCAGAAUCAUAAACGAAAAAUAGAAAUUCCUGUGAAUGAAAAAAGUAUGGUAUCAACAAGCCAGGUGACAGAUCAAGACGAAUGGCUGAAACGAGGGAUUCGAGUGAUUUCUCCACCUGCAAUGAAACGAAGUCCUGUAGUCAGACCAGAAAGUCCCGAAGUUAUUCUAGAAUCUGAAAAAAUUGAAGUGAAAAUUGAGCAGCCGCCGGUGAAGACAAUUGAGCCGGAACUGACGGAAUUUGAAAAACGUAUGCAAGCUCGUAGUGCAGCGAAAGAUGAUACAGAUCGGAGGAAUCGAAUUCUUCAACUUGCCACGGAUCCGGAAACUUCCAUCGUAAAACCGAAAUCACCUGAACCAACAGAGGAACCUGCAAAACCAACGUCUGCUGAUAAUCCGAUGUUCGCCGGAGUUGAUCCUGUUAUGGCCGAGUACAUGAAGAAAGUUCUUGCGGCCAGAAAUCAAAAUCAAACAACUUUGUCUGCUCAACCAACCAUCCAAGUCGCUCCAGUCGUCGUUCCACCGAAAAGCACAGAAGUUGAAGUGACACUAGCAGAUGAAUUGGAUCUGGAACUUGAUCAACCAACCAAUGCGGACGAUGAUUGGUGGUAGAUAACUUUUAUUUGUAUAUUUCGAUUACUUUUUAAUUUAUUAUCAUCAUAUUUAACUAAAUUUAAUGUUUUUUUUCCAAAUAUCUUAUCACAUUUCUCCUUUCUAGUCUCCUAUUCCAUCCCGUAUGUCAUUCAAAUAUAGUCGAUCUCUUGGAAUUUAAUGUUUUAUUCUCAAAUUGAAUUAAUUGCAUGCCAAAAAUUGAAUCCAAUAAACAGUUUAAUCAUUUAA